UCUACACUUAGUUCUAAUAAAUCUGUUCUGACAGGAAUCCAAGCAGGAACUCCAAGGAGGUUUCACACAUUAGCAGUCAGUCAUCAUGUCAGACAGAGGUGCAUUUGAUACCAACGUGGUGACCCUCACCAGGUUUGUUUUGGAAGAGGGCAGAAAAGCCAAAGGAACGGGAGAGCUUACAACCCUUCUCAACUCCAUGUGCACGGCCAUCAAAGCCAUUUCCACUGCUGUCAGAAAAGCCGGCAUUGCCAAUCUCUAUGGAAUUGCUGGGAGCACAAAUGUUACAGGUGACCAGGUUAAAAAGUUGGACGUCCUGUCCAAUGAUCUUGUUAUAAACAUGAUUAAAGCCUCCUUCACAUCCUGUGUUCUGGUGUCUGAAGAAAAUGAACGUGCCAUCAUUGUAGAACCAGAGAAAAGGGGCAAAUACGUGGUUUGCUUUGACCCUCUGGAUGGCUCUUCAAACAUUGACUGCUUAGCUUCUAUUGGAACCAUUUUUGCAAUCUACAGAAAUGAAACUGAUGAUGAACCCUCAGAGAAAGAUGCCUUGCGGAGCGGCAGAAACAUUGUGGCAGCAGGGUACGCUCUUUAUGGCAGUGCCACCAUGCUGGUUCUCUCCACAGGCCAAGGAGUCAACUGCUUCAUGCUUGAUCCUGCCAUUGGUGAGUUUAUACUUGUAGACCAGGAUGUGAAGAUUAAGAAGAAGGGGAAGAUCUACAGUCUGAAUGAAGGCUAUGCAGCACAUUUUUACCCAGAUGUCACAGAAUAUCUGCAAAAGAAGAAAUUCCCAGAGGAUGGAAGUUCACCCUAUGGAGGGCGCUAUGUGGGCUCCAUGGUAGCUGAUGUGCACAGGACUCUGGUCUAUGGUGGAAUUUUCCUGUAUCCUGCUAAUAUCAAGAGCCCCAAGGGCAAGCUGAGGCUGUUGUAUGAGUGCAACCCCAUGGCCUUCAUAAUGGAGCAGGCUGGCGGUAUGGCAACAACAGGAGCCAUGAAUGUCCUAGACAUCAAACCUGACUCAAUCCACCAGAGGGUUCCUGUAGUGCUGGGCUCCCCUGAUGAUGUACAGGAGUAUAUCUCCAUCUUUAAGAAACACUCUAAAUGAGAUGCAACCAGAUGAGCAAUUUUAACCAUCUACUAUAACCACAAACCAUCCCACUGAACCUCAAAAAAAAAAAAAAAAAAAUUAGCGAUAAGGGCAAGGACGAGACAAGAAGCAUCCAUUAUCUUUAUAGGAUAAAAGAAGUUUCCACGUUAAGUUUCAUUUUUACAAAUGUUUUUUGUACUCUUGUAACGCAAUUCAUAAUAUAAAGAUAUUAUAAAUAUAUAAUCCACUGUCAUAAACCUUACAGUUUCUAAUAUUAAGCCCCAUAAACACGUCUGUUCACAAUGAAAAUAAAAACAUUGCAUGUAAGAAUGGUGUUUUGGUUGUUUUGCUUUAAUGCAAAGCACUGUGGGUAACCUUCAGGGUUCUUUUAGUAGUGCUAUAUAAAUAAACAAACCAUCCCAAACCA